AUUCUUCCUCUUCUGCAUCGCACUUCCUUGCUGCUUGUUUUGUUUUGUGAUAUUCCACUCCUCGCCAAGUUCAAUAUAUCGUUCUACGAUAUUGGAUAUCUCGAAGUGCAGCGAGGAAGCAGUCUAAUACGAGUCAUGGCUGCCGCUGCGGGCCAGCGCUCAGCCGCAGAGAACCCAAGUGGUGUAUCACAUGCUCAAGCCGCCGUACAGUUUACGCAACAAGCAGAGAAACUGUCGCAUCGAUCGACGCUGAACGAUGAACAUCCGGGAUCCGUCGCAAUCGAGGCAAAAUUCAUCACCCCCCACGAUCCCGUCAUUGUUACUGCGGAGGGCUACAGACUGCCUGCUGUACCGCUCGAGGAGGCAUGGAAGCUGAAUGUCCUGAAGGAGGAAUUACAAGAGCAGAGCCCCCAAGAUGCGAUUGAUGAGGGACAAAGGCUCGCUCGACAAGAUUCACUAUCAGAGAAACAAAAUGGAGCAGCGAAGGCGGCGCCGGAUAUGGCCGACCGCAGCAACGACAAAAUAGACACCCAGACUAGAGGAUCUCUUAAUAGAUCGAUGCCACCGACGCACACAAACCCUUUGUUCCCGCCUCUACCGUUGUAUGGACCGCCUUCGCUCAUGAGGGAUAUGCAAUGCAUUCUCUUCCGGGUGUCAUCCUUCUUUCUCAGUGCAGCUUUCCUGGCUGUCAUCGUUCUUGGCGCACUGUUUACGAGCAUACCUCCGUUUGCUUUUCGUACUUGGAAACGAGUGCAGGGACAGAACCCUGAUACGGAGAGGCCCUUUUACGAAGAGGAACAGAAGAGAAAGAUAGUGCGGGACGAUUUGGCAAAGUCGUGGCAACACAGACGGUCCCAGGAACGAAUCAAUACGGACAAGAAGGAUCUUGAGCAGCAAAAUGAGUAUCCUCCUACAGAAGGAGGACCAGAUCCUGUUAUUUGCGACAUUGGCUAUUAUGCCAGAAGAGUCGGCCUCGAUAUGGAGGAAUUCCAAGUCCAGACUGAAGAUGGCUUCAUAAUAGAUCUGUGGCACAUUUACGACCCAAAGGAGUACACCAGGUUGAGCGCAGAGGACAGAAAGGACAAAGGACCUACCCUCUUUACUGGUGACAGCAGGCAGCGGUCAGAGCAGCCGGACCAAAAGCGAAAAUUCCCAGUUCUAUUGAUACACGGGCUACUGCAAAGUUCAGGCGCAUAUUGCGUCAAUGACGAGGACUCACUGGCCUUCUACCUGUGCAAAUCAGGAUACGAUGUUUGGCUGGGCAACAACCGUUGCGGAUUCAAGCCAAAGCACGUUCUCCUUGAAUACACCGAUCCAAGGAUGUGGUGCUGGAACAUCAGGCAAAUGGGUGUUUUUGACUUGCCGGCAUUAACUUCACGCGUUCUCUACGAGACGGGAUUCGAAAAAGUUGGAUUGAUCUCUCAUUCGCAGGGUACGACUCAAACGUUUGUCGCACUUGCAAAACAGCAACGACCAGAGUUAGGAGAGAAGCUCACUGUCUUCUGUGCUCUUGCUCCGGCUGCCUAUGCAGGUCCGCUGAUUGGUAAGAUGUACUUUAAAUUCAUGAGAGUUAUUACACCUGUUAUGUUCCGCUUCAUGUUUGGAAUACAUGCUUUCAUUCCAAUCAUGAUGGUUAUGCAUGGGAUCUUGCCAGCCGGUAUUUAUGGCUGGCUAGGCUAUAAAGUUUUCUCAUUCUUGUUCAACUGGACAGACACACGCUGGGACAGGUCUUUAAGAGACCGAAUGUUCCAGUUCGCCCCUGUGUACGUCAGCGCGGAGUCGAUGCGCUGGUGGUUGGGUCGGGAAUGUUUCGCCAAGCACAAAUGCAUUUUACAAACUAAAGAGGAGUGGAAAGCGGAAGAGCGCGAAGACAUGGAAACCGACGGCCCCUUGGGGGAUCCAACAGAGCCGAUCAAAAGAAGGGAUUCUGUCGUUAGCGACACCCCAGCGCCAAGUCACGCUCAGCACAAACGGAAGCCGAAAGGUUCAUCAGCAUGGUACAACGAGCAAGUGCCUCCAUUCGCUUUAUGGGUUGCUGGCAAUGACGACUUGGUCGAUGGAAAGAAAUUGUUACGGCGUUUUGCGCGAGGGCGAGAGCCGCACGUGAAGAUCGUGCACAAGAAAAUUAUACCCGAAUAUGAACAUUUAGACGUCAUCUGGGCAAUGGAUGCUGUUGAUCAGAUUUUCAGCGAGGUUCGCGAGGUCCUCUGGAAAACAUGUGAUGUUAGGGAUCAGUGCCAGGUACCGAAAGGCUGCGAAAGUGUUUCUGCCUGGGCGGCUCAAGCUGUCGAAGACGACCUUGAUGACAGCGGCGAUUCCAGUAGCGAUUCGUUUGAUUAAUUAUGAGACGUCCUUCUAAAAUGGCAAGGUGUGCAUAGGCAAGAUACACGGGCGUGGGCUUGAUGAUAUGACGAGACUCAUGAACACGACACGUGGAAGGUAUACGAGAUUGGGUUGAACUUUGAAAAGUGAUCCAGGGGAUACGCUUUACCGUCGGUAACUUCUCGUUAACUAUUAGAGAAGCGAUGUAACACAAAUAUAUACUUGAAUAACUAUAUUCAUAUGGUAUUGACAGAAAACUCACAAUUAACAUUAGUUUCAUUGUAGUUUAUUAAUAAGUUCAAUUUAUUUA